GGCGCGCGCGGCGCGAGCUGACGUGGGGCGGUUGCCGGGAGACGGCGCGCGGGGCGCGAUGGCGGCUCGCUACGGCGCGGGGCAGUACGAGGACGCCUUCAGCUCCCACCGCCUGCAGAACUGGAGCGUGGCCCGGCCCGGCCGGCAGCACCCCUCGCUGCGGAAGGGCUGCACGACGAUCGUCACUGAUGACCGGGGGCACCUGCUCCCCACCGUUCCCUGCUCCCAGGCCUCCCCGUGGGGCACGUUUGUGGGGACCUGGGAGAUGCCGCCGAGGAUUCCCCCAGCCAGGCUGGACCUGACCUCCCGCUCGGCCGCCGCUGCCGCACGGCUCCUUGACUGGGUCCACCAACCCACCACCCUGACGGGCGCCUGCAAUGGCCUCCGGACGGCAGUCACCGGGAGGCCCCAGGAGCCUCGGUUGGACACACAAACCUCCAAGGAGCCUUCCUGGAGGAGCAGUCAGGCACCCAGCGAGGGCAUCCAGCCCUCUGGGGCACCGCUGGAGGAGCCGCCCAGCCCCAGAGCAGGAGCCACCCGGGAGCCUGGCUGCACAGAGGUCUGGCUGAAGGCAGACACAUCCCCAGAGCUCCCAGCUUCAUCCCAUCCUUGCUCCUGGCAGGCCCAGCGUGACAGACAAGCCCCACGCUCCCACCAGCCUGCUGGGACAGACUUCCAAUGCAGGGACGACGGCCAGCCCAAAAUCCCAGCCUUGAGCCACCCUGCUCUGAGGGAGGCCAGCCCUCGGCUAGCCACCCCGCUGCAGGUCUCUGCUCCCAGCUGGGGGGGGCCUGCAGAGGCUGAGCCUGGGGAGGGUACAUCCCCCAGGCUCAGGGCAUCACCUCGUGCAGGACAGGGAGAGGCCAGUCCCCGAGGAAGCGCCGCAGGCAUGAGAGGCAGGCAGCUGUCUCGCACCAGGCUCUGAGCUGGCUUUGCUCUCCUCCAUUCCCCUUCCGGCAUCUCCCCCAAACCAUCCACCCCUUCCGACAAGCAGACAAACAGAAAACACCUUCCUACCCCCAAGGGGGAGGAAGUGGGAAUGUGUUAAAGCCUGAGCAAGGCCAACACUGGGGCAGCACUACAUGGCCUGCACUGGGGUUCUCAUGGCAACUGGAAAAAUACAGGGUUUAUAAAAAAAAAAAAAAAAAAUCCUGUUUGGUUUUGGCA